AUCAGUUUGGUGAGUAGAGAAGAAGAAGAUAAGAUAGUGAGGAUGUGGAAGCUAAAGCUGUCUCAAGGCAACGAGGCAUGGGUCACAAGCGUGAACGGUAACAUCGGAAGACAAUAUUGGGAGUUCGACCCGAAUCCCGGAGCGUCCGAGGAAGAGCUUGCUCUAGUCGAGGAAGCUCGGAACCGUUUCUGGACGAACCGGUUUCAAGCCAAGCAUAGCUCUGAUCUUCUCAUGAGACUUCAGUUUGCGAAGGAGAGCCGGACGGAGGAGUUGCAACCCGGACAAGUCGAAGAGGAAGAGGAAAUGGACGAAGCGAUGGUGAUCGAGAAAACAGUGAGAAGAGGUUUGAGAUAUUACGCAAGCUUGCAGGCGGAGGAUGGCUUUUGGCCUGGAGACUACGGAGGUCCCUUGUUCCUUUUGCCUGGCUUGGUGAUUUCAUUACAUGUAACUGGAGCCUUGACAAUGAUUCUCUCGUCCGAGCACCAACGAGAGAUACGCCGCUAUCUAUACAACCACCAGAACGGGGAUGGUGGCUGGGGAUUGCACAUCGAAGGGCACAGCACGAUGUUUUGCACGGCGCUCUCCUACGUCACUCUGAGGUUGCUUGGGGAAGGCGCGAGCGACGGGCACGGCCCGAUGGACAAAGCCAGGAAGUGGAUCCUCGAUCACGGCGGGGCCACCUACAUCCCUUCCUGGGGCAAGAUGUGGCUUUCCGUACUUGGUGUGUAUGAGUGGAGUGGCAACAAUCCACUUCCUCCAGAAAUAUGGCUACUUCCACAUUUUCUCCCAAUACACCCAGGAAGAUUUUGGUGUCAUUGUCGGAUGGUGUACCUACCGAUGUCGUAUUUAUAUGCAAAAAGGUUUGUGGGUCGCAUCAACUCGACAGUUUUGUCCCUUAGAAGAGAGCUGUACACAACAUAUUACCAUGAAAUCGAUUGGGACAAGGCAAGGAAACUUUGUGCCGAGGAAGAUCUAUACUAUCCACAUCCUUGGGUACAAGAUGUGCUUUGGAGUGGUCUUCACAAGAUAGGGGAGCCUCUUCUCAUGCAAUGGCCCCUCUCCAAACUAAGAAAGAAGGCACUCGAUCAUGUGAUGCAACAUAUCCACUAUGAGGAUGAGAACACCAGUUACAUUUGCCUCGGACCUGUCAAUAAGGUUCUGAACAUGGUUUGCUGUUGGGUGGAGGACCCAAAAUCAGAAGCAUUUAAACGUCACCUCCCCAGAAUCAAAGACUACCUUUGGGUAGCUGAAGAUGGAAUGAAAAUGCAGGGAUACAACGGGUCUCAGCUAUGGGACGUCGCUUUCGCUGUUCAAGCCAUUCUUGCCACCAAUCUCGUCGACGAAUAUGGAUCGAUGCUCAAGAAAGCGCACGACUUCGUCAAGAACACACAAGUGAGAGAAAAUAGUUCUGGAGUGCUGAGCCAGUGGUACCGGCAUAUUUCGCGUGGAGGGUGGCCAUUCUCAACCCCGGACAAUGGUUGGCCCGUUUCGGACUGCUCUUCGGAGGGCCUAAAGGUUGCACUUCUAUUAUCGCGAAUGCCAUCUGAAAUUGUGGGAGAUCCAAUAAAGGCAGACCGAUUGUUCGAUGCUGUCAAUUUGAUACUAUCCUUGCAGAACGAAAAUGGAGGAUUUGCAUCAUAUGAGCUCACAAGGUCCUAUCCCUGUUUGGAGAUCAUCAACCCUGCAGAGAUAUUUGGAGAUAUCGUGAUCGAUUAUCCGUACGUGGAAUGCACUGCCGCAGCGAUUCAAGCCCUUACAUCGUUUGUGAAGAUGUACCCACAUCAUAGGAGGAAAGAAAUAGAUUUGUGUGUCGCUAAGGCGAUUGAUUUCCUCGAGAGCAUUCAAUUACCUGAUGGCUCAUGGUAUGGCUCGUGGGGAGUGUGCUACACCUACGGAACAUGGUUCGGAGUGAAGGGACUUGUGGCCGGAGGUCGGACUUAUGCCAACAGCAGCAGCAUCAGAAGGGCAUGCCGUUUCCUGCUCGCCAAACAGCUCGAAUCCGGUGGCUGGGGAGAGAGCUAUCUCUCUAGCCAAGACAAGGUUUAUACAUGCUUAGAGGGAGGCAAAUCACACUUGGUGAAUACUUCGUGGGCAAUCUUAGCACUGAUCAAAGCCGGACAGGUUGAAAGAGAUCCGUCGCCGUUGCAACGUGCGGUGAAGGUUUUGGUAGCUUCGCAAAUGGAGAACGGAGAUUUUCCACAACAGGAAAUAAUUGGAGUUUUCAACAAGAAUUGCAUGAUAAGUUACUCGGCCUAUCGAAACAUCUUCUCCAUAUGGGCUCUUGGAGAAUACUACAAUCGGGUGCUCUUACCUUUCGUCAAGAGAUGAGCAUCAGACACAUUAAUUGCCUUUGGGC